AAACCACGAACACGCAAGCAAACAAGACACGGUCCACGACAUAAUAUGAGGCUACACUAUUUAAACUGGCAGACUAAUUUGGCCGGUUUUAGUUCAUGUCCAACCGCCGAUGGGCAGACAAUGGAAGCGUGAAGGCGCAGACAUGAUGUCAAACCAAACAAUACAACAGUGAGGACCGGUCGUGGCUAUUUACAAACAAUGGACUUAGCUUGAAGUUAUAUUAUCCAGUGAAAACGGAAAAAUGGAUGAAAACAAACAGAAACAUGUUAUCGAGGAGCGUCCUUUGAACAAAGAUGAAGCUCAAAAUCAAAUUAAAACAUUUGGAGAGAAAUUGAGUUUUAUAAAAGACAAUAUAACCGUGGAGCCUCUGUUAGCCGGACUCAUUAUACCGAGUGUGAUAUCAAGAUUUGCUAUGGGCAAUUUUAAUUUGGACAAAGCCUGUAGAGUCAGCCUACAGUUCAACGAUACAGUAUGUGAUGCAUUAAUAAAAAAAACAAGCACCAAUUACUCGGAAUAUGAAAAAGAAGUGCAAAGAUUGAUAUCUAGCAUCGACAUCUGGAAGAGCGUCUUACAAACCGCGUUACCGUGCAUCAUUAUUAUAUUUAUGGGAGCUUGGAGCGAUCGGACUGGAAAGCGAAAAUUGUGCAUACUAUUACCGAUUUACGGUGAAAUUUUAACUUCCAUCAAUAAUAUAAUCAAUGUUUAUUUUUUCUAUGAAAUCCCAGUAGAAGUCACAGUGUUCUUAGAGACCUUAUUCCCAGCCAUAACUGGUGGCUGGGUGACGAUGUUUCUUGGUGUAUUCAGCUAUAUCAGUGACAUAACUUCAGAAGAAACCCGCACUUUUAGAGUUGGAGUUGUGAACUUUUGCUUUACAUGUGGUCUGCCAAUAGGUCUUGGGCUAAGUGGAAUUUUACUACAAAGAAUGGGUUACUAUGGCAUAUUUUCGACAACUAGCAUCAUGUUUACUGUUGUCCUGAUUUAUGGGACCGUAGUUUUGAAGGAACCUGAUAUUCUGCUACAAGAAAAAGGAUUGCCUCCGAUAGAGCGAGACAGCAAGAAAGUUGCUGUCCUGGACAUAUCGCACGUAACAGACACAGCUAUGGUGGCAUUCAAGAAACGGGAAUCAAAUUUAAGGAUGAAAGUUCUCCUCACAUUGUUCUGUGUUUUCAUUUUAUUCGGACCAACUUCAUCGGAGCAUGGAGUCUUCUAUCUAUUCGUAAGGAACCGCUUGAAUUGGGACAUGGUCAAAUUCAGUCUCUAUGUCAGCUAUUCCAUUAUCUUACAUUCUUUCGGUGCUAUGUUCUCCAUAACGGUGCUAAGUAAGCGACUACAGAUCGAUGAUUCGUUGCUCUGUCUAAUCUCUGUCAUCAGCAAGUUCGUUGGAUCCAUCUGGACUGCUUUCAUUCAAAGCGAUAUUGAAAUGUAUUUAAUUCCGGUAGCUGAAAUAUUGAACGCAACGACAUUUACAUCUCUUAGGUCCAUUGCAUCAAAAAUAGUGGAAAAACAAGAAAUAGCAAAAGUGAAUUCAAUAUUUUCUCUGACCGAGACUAUGGCAUCGCUGAUCUUCCUACCGUUCUACUCGUGGCUGUACAUGGUAACAUUAAAUGUCUUCUCCGGAGCUGUCUUCUUGACCAGUGCUAUCAUUACUAUACCUCCCGCAAUGAUCCUUACAUUCUUCUAUAUACAACACAGAAGAGGAAAGAAGAGUCCAAGAAAGAGAGCUCUCGAAGCUGAAGAGAAAAAGGAAGCGAUAGAUAUUGAAAACAAAUCUGAACAAUCGAAUAUUCCAGAAAACAAUGUUCGUCUAUAGAACGAUGACAAAUCAUUUAAGAUGAAUGCGUAAUUAUUUUAAUUGUUUCAAUUGGAUUUUGACUGAUACGAUUUCAGCGUUAAUUAAUUCGACAAAAGUUACAAAUGAGUAUAAAACAAAACAAUAUCUGAGAUAACUUCAAUAUUCGAAGUCCUUAAAAGUUUGUAACAUAUUUCAUAGAUCACUUCGCUGCGUUGCAUCAAUGGUAAAAACAGGUUCUAUAACGUCAUCGUGGCUUAGUUUCUUCUUUAAUAUAUCUUCUUCUUCUUAUAACGUUAUCCCGUUUUCGAUAAUUUCAUUAACGACUGCCAAUAUUAAUGGCAAUAUCAAUACAACUUGUUCUAUUUUGGGGUUUUUGGAAUCUCGCGCCAGCUUGUCCGGUAACCGUGCGACCAGCUGAGCGUUUAAAAUUUUAUAAAAAGGGAAAAAAGAGACAACAGAUGUAAGAUCAUCAACGGUUGGUGCUAAGUCUGUAUUUCUGAGAAUAUUUAAAAUUCAUUAAAAGUGAGCUAUCAUACGUGGCUUAUAUUAAUUAAUGGCCUUAAAGCAAUUUGUGUUUUUAACGUUACAGAGCGGAAAAAAUGGAUACUUUUUUUUUGUAUCACAGUCGUAUUUUUUUAGCCAGAUUAUGCAAUUUCCACUUAACCUCUACUUGAAGAACAAAAAAAACUAUGUGAAACUUGAGGGAUCACUCAUCCCUUUCUAACUCUGUUCAUAAGAGAAAGAUAAGUGAGCCACAAAUAUUAUGUCGUAGUUCUACCUAUCUACUACUUAUUAUGAUAUAUUCACAGCUCUUUUAUAGGGAAGUACACAUUAAGGUAAUCUGAGAUAGGAUGGUUUCCUAUUUUUUUCAUUUAUAUAUAAAGGCGAAGGUAAUUUGUUUUAUAGAAUACGAUUUAUUUUCCAAGAUAUGCGUGUGCAGUAUCUAGCGUGUUCAUGAGUUAUUUCACAGCUUAGAACUAAUUUUAAAACCGCCCAUCAUAUUUAAGCAAAAAAUUCUCAGACGUCGAAAUUUUAUAAGUUAAAAUUAAAACUUUACUGGUAUUUAUUAAACAGAUUAAGACUGUGGCCAAAAUAAAUUAAAUUUUGUUUUCAUUGAAUGGAAAAACAAUGUAAAUUUGUUAACUAUUUAUUUAAUUAAAUUCUUAACUUUUUUUAAGGAUCAUUUUAAUGUUUUAACACAUUUUUGUUGUUUUUAAUGAAUUUUCUGUUUUAUCACACGACUCGAAAUAACUAAAUUGCAAUUAUGAAUAUAAAUUAAAUCGAUUACUUAGAAGAAAGUAGAGAUGAGUAUACACUGAGAAUGAAUCUCGCCAUCUCUCUCGCACACAGUGCACACACAAACACAUGCAGCGAUAGAAAAAACUUUGUGAAAGUGUGAACCUUGUUUUUCUUAAUUGAGAAACCCUUCAUAGGGUGUAAUUUUUAUUUUUUAAUUUUUAUAUAUUUAGAAUAUUAUUACAAAUUUAUACGAAAUAAAUAUAUAAUUUUUCAUACUAUGACUAAGCUAUCGAUAUAAUCUUGUUAUUAUUUUUAUAAUAAAGCCUCCUGUUUAGUUAUUUAAGAAAAAAAUAUGGAUCGUUUAAAGCGUUUUUAGGACUCGACAGCAGAUAAUAAAUAUGCGAUGUAAAUGAGA